AUGUACCGCUGCGCCAACGACAGCGUGCUGCCCGUACAGUACGACUGCUCCAGCACGCCCGCGCCGGCCUGCCGGCGGGCCGGAGAGGCACUGGUCAGCAUGGCCGACGACGCCAGCUGCUGCCCGCGGAGAGUCUGCGGUGAGCCCCCCGCCCCCGGCCGCUGUGCUCUGAGUGAGGCUGAGGGCCGGGUGUCUGAGGGUCUCUGUGGGGAGUGCGACCCCCGGCUCUGCCAGUCGGACGUCCCCUCCUGCCGGGAGGACCAGACGCUGUCCAGCUGA